GGCAGGCGGCGGGGCGGGCGCAGGAUGAGGGCGGCCAUUGCUGGGGCUCCGCCGCGGGGAGGAGGACGCUGAGGAGGCGCGGAGCAGCGCAACGCUGCGGGGGAGGCGCCCGCGCCGACUUGGGGCUCAUGGCCAGGACCACCAGCCAGCUGUAUGACGCUGUGCCCAUUCAGUCCAGUGUGGUGCUAUGUUCCUGCCCAUCCCCAUCAAUGGUGAGGUCCCAGACUGAGCCCAGCUCGUCCCCUGGCAUUCCUAGUGGUGGUAGCAGGCAGGGAUCCACCAUGGAUGGCACCACAGCUGAAGCCCGACCAAGCACCAACCCCUUGCAGCAGCACCCUGCCCAGCUGCCACCACAGCCUCGCAAGAAACGCCCUGAAGACUUCAAGUUUGGGAAAAUUCUUGGCGAGGGCUCUUUUUCAACAGUUGUUCUGGCCCGAGAACUGGCCACUUCCAGAGAAUAUGCUAUUAAAAUUCUGGAGAAACGUCAUAUUAUAAAAGAAAACAAAGUUCCGUAUGUUACUAGAGAGAGAGAUGUGAUGUCGCGCCUGGAUCACCCCUUCUUUGUGAAACUUUACUUUACAUUUCAGGACGACGAAAAGCUGUAUUUUGGCCUUAGUUAUGCCAAAAAUGGAGAGCUACUUAAAUACAUCCGCAAAAUUGGCUCAUUUGAUGAGACCUGUACCCGGUUUUACACGGCUGAGAUUGUGUCUGCUUUAGAAUACUUGCAUGGCAAGGGCAUCAUUCACAGAGACCUUAAACCAGAAAACAUUUUGUUAAAUGAAGACAUGCACAUCCAGAUCACAGAUUUUGGAACUGCAAAAGUGUUAUCCCCAGAGAGCAAACAAGCCAGGGCCAACUCAUUUGUAGGAACAGCACAAUAUGUUUCUCCAGAACUGCUCACAGAGAAGUCGGCAUGUAAAAGUUCAGACCUUUGGGCCCUUGGAUGUAUAAUCUAUCAGCUUGUGGCAGGACUCCCACCAUUCAGAGCCGGAAAUGAAUAUCUUAUAUUUCAGAAGAUCAUUAAGCUGGAAUAUCAUUUCCCAGAAAAAUUCUUCCCUAAGGCAAGAGAUCUUGUGGAAAAACUCUUGGUUUUAGAUGCCACAAAGCGUUUAGGCUGUGAAGAGAUGGAAGGGUACGGGCCUCUUAAAGCUCAUCCAUUCUUUGAGACCAUCACUUGGGAGAAUUUGCACCAGCAGACACCUCCGAAGCUCACAGCUUACUUACCAGCCAUGUCAGAGGAUGAUGAAGACUGCUAUGGCAACUACGACAAUCUCCUGAGCCAGUUUGGCUUCAUGCAGGUGUCAUCCUCCUCCUCUUCCCACUCCCUGUCUACGGUGGAUGCCAGCCUGCCCCAGAGGUCGGGCAGCAACAUAGAGCAGUACAUCCAUGAUUUGGACACUAACUCUUUUGAACUAGACUUACAGUUUUCAGAAGAUGAAAAAAAGUUGUUAUUGGAAAAGCAAGCCGGUGGAAACCCUUGGCACCAGUUUGUAGAAAAUAAUCUAAUAUUAAAAAUGGGCCCAGUGGAUAAGCGAAAGGGUUUAUUUGCAAGACGACGACAGUUAUUACUCACAGAAGGGCCACAUUUAUAUUAUGUUGAUCCUGUCAACAAGGUCUUGAAAGGUGAAAUCCCAUGGUCACAAGAACUCCGACCAGAAGCCAAGAAUUUUAAAACUUUCUUUGUUCACACGCCUAACAGGACGUACUACCUGAUGGAUCCAAGCGGGAAUGCUCACAAGUGGUGCAGAAAGAUCCAGGAGGUUUGGAGGCAGCAGUACCAGAGCAAUCCAGAUGCUGCUGUGCAGUGACGUGGCCUGCGGCCGGGCUGCCUAUCGCUGCCAGGACACCUGCCCCAGCGCGGCUCGGCCGCCACCCAGGACGCUUCCAGACCACCUGCCAGCCAUCUCGUGGAGAACAUAGAUGGCAGAAACCUUGCAGCUUUUUUAUUUAAAAGAAAA